AUGACGGGAACAGCAGCGGCUUCGGGCACCGCAGGGUCGGUGGACCCCGAGCUGUGGAGCGUUGGUCAGGAGAGUGUCCUGGGCAAACAGACGCCACAGAUUAUCAUUUCUUCGCCACCCGCGGAGUGGACCAGUGAGAAUGGGGAGCAGGCCUCCUCAGUGGGCAACUCAUGGUUCGCGCCUUUGCGCAGCACAGCGUCCGAAGCAUCAAGAUCAGCGAGAAUGCCAUCGAAAUCCAGCACAGCCAGAUUUGCCGAAGCUCCGGUAUCUGAGGGCAGCUUGGUCGUGGAGUCCUUCUUGGGGUCCGAGGUCCGCACUGUGGACACUGAGAUCAGCAAACAAACGCUCACGACGAGACUGGAGGCCAACCUGCUGCGUGGGGUACACCUCGAAGCGUCUCUGAGGGGCUUCGGAAGGUCCUUUGCACAUGGCGCUUCCCAGUCAGCUCAGACAUCGGAGAAGUUCUCUGAAGAAAGCUUCAUGGUCGAAGCAUUGGAUGUCUUCCUAAGCCAUGACUGGCGAACCUCCCGGUGGUUGAAGUUCAUGUCGCUGCUGAUCAUCUUCAACCUGCGUGCCGCAACAGUGGUCACGGUCAUCGCGACCAUUCUUCUAGGCUUCCUUCUCGGGAGAUUUGGAGGCGAACAAGUCGAGUUGGAGAGUUGGUACUACGUCAUCCCCUACGUCAUGUUCUGCGUCGUCCUUUGCUUCUGGCAGCGUGUGCGCAAGAUCUUCCGUGCCACCACCAUCUUCUUGGACAAGCUUUGCAUUUCGCAACAGGACCCAGAGCUGCGAGCAGCCGGCAUUAAGGGCCUUGCAGCAUUCCUGGAUGCGUCUACAUCACUGGUGGUCUUGUGGUCGCCGCGGUACUUCACUCGCCUGUGGUGCGCCUAUGAGCUGGCUGCCUACGCACGACACCCAGAGCGGCUGAAGCCCAUGCAGCUGAUGCCUGUGGCAGUUUCACUGCUCUUGCUGCUGAUUUUUCUCAGCGGAUCGACGGCGCUCACAGCUUAUGAGAUUGUGCAGAAUAUCCUGCUGCGGUCACCGACGAACAACAAUGGAGCGAACGGAGGCAUGUUUCGGCCGAACAUUUUCGCGCUUUCGCUAGCCAUCAAUUCAGGUCUUCUUGCUUCAUUCUUGCCCGCUGCAUGCUACUUUGGAGCGCAGAUGAUGACCCAUAUCCAGAGCCUGGAACAACAGCUCAGCGAAUUCUCCAUUGAGAAUGCUGAGUGCUUCUGCUGCAGCAACGACCACGUGAACCCUGAAACGGGAGAAGUCUUGGCAUGUGACAGGGCUAUGAUCUACGAGACGCUGAGGACGUGGUAUGGCGAGAGGUUCUCGGAGACCUUCAACACCAUUGUCCGCACCAAGGUGUCAAAGCUUGUCCUGGGACGUGCCGGUCGCAUGGUGGUGCCUUUGGAGUACAAGCUGUACCUGGCCUUGGUAACGUCCACUCCUGGUCUGCUCGAUGCAGUGAUCGCGAUCACCAGCAGGGACCACGGCGAUGAUACGGCGGACAGGGUUUGGGCUGUCAUACAGCUAAUGCUGGCGCAGUGGGUGGGGCAGUUCAACGUUAUGCUGUUUAUGAUGUGGCUGCUCUUCCGCAUCUGCAAAGUUUGCGUGUGGCUUCAGAAGCGCAUGCCCCUGAGAUGUGCUGUUGCGUUGCUAAGCCCCGCCAUGGUGCUGUUGACUUCAUGCUUCUACUUUGUCCAGGUCUUCGUGAGUUCAUGGGCUCGCCACAAUGCUGGCAGUGAUGUGCCUCUUCGGGAGUUAAUACGUGCGGGGUUCUUCAUCUUAUCACUUCUGCUCGUGAAGCUUUGCGACUGA